AUGUGUUUCAUAUACACGACGAGGUUUUCGCGUGGGAUAAUUCCAAACACGAUAGAUGUGCAACAAAACUAUCUAUCAAACACUGAAGGUCACGAGGUGUUUGCAAGAAGAUUCGUUUAUUGCUUCUCGAACAUUUGGUUUUAUCGUUCUCGAACAUUCAAGCGUGGGAACCAACUUGGCGUUUACAGAAAUGAUAACCACAUCCUGCCGCAGUUUCUAAAUUUAAACCUUCGAUUUUUGAUUAUAACAUUAUUGAAGCUUACAACGACCGCGGUUUCAAAGCCGCAAGGCGACUUAAGAGAUAUGCCUGGCUUUUUCCAGCCAAUAUCACACAUAUCAAAACCCUUCUCAUCGAGAAAUAUCGACAUCGAAUUGAAAGACAACGACCGAUGA